AAUAUUUGCAAAAGUGUGUUGCAAUUGUGCUCCAAAGUCUGUCGUCUCAGCGGUAGAGAGGGUCAGGUGGAUGAAUAAGUGCGUAGAGUUUAAUAUUGAAUUGGAGAAGGUCUGAGAAAGAAAUUAUGCCAACUGGCCCUGUCUUCUCUAUGCCAGGGCAGGGGGCAAAGGAGGACGCAAGCCUUGCACUUUGAGGUUGAUGCUGGUGCCAUGGCGAGGCCAGUGCGUCCUGCUUCUGACAGCUACCAGUCCCUCUAUAGUCCCAUCAGUCAGGCCGCACCUCACACCAACGCAACACGCCUUGAAAGAUCGGACGAUGAGGAUCCAAGGUCGCCAAUCUUCUCUCUGUCUAAAAGCUCAAUGGAUGUGCUAAUGGCUACAGGGCCGCCACACCUGCGGGAUCCAUCGUGGACAGGAAUGGACCUGCGACGCAGCUCUAGCACCAACACACACUCCGAACACAACCCUCUCAGGCAACUGCAAACAACGCAGGUGGGGAGCCUUCGAUCACUGAUGGCAGGGCAGCACCUAGAACCUCACAGCCCCCCUGCCCUCAGUGACCGCUGGAUCGCCAAUACGCAGCGCUGGAGUGGCUGCAGUAGCACAUACAGCCGCAGCAGCACUCCUGACACAAUAGUGUGGAGAGGGGGGUCCUCUCGCCCUAGCAGUGCUACCCAGGAGACCAUUUCCACUGGUACACCGGAUUCUCCAUUAUCCAGAGCCAUGGCAUCCCCAACUACACCUUCCCCAUUCAUCUCCCCGCUGGUCACGCCCACUUUACCUCUUGUGGACAUUAUGAAAUCUUCCCCGCUGGCAAUGAAUAGGCCUCGUCAGAGGGACUCUCCUCAGCUCUCUCCCUACAGAAAGUCAGUCACCUCACAGCUACCAGACGAUGACGGCUACUUGGACAAUAGUUCACUUGUUUUUCAAUUUCCUCCCCCCAUUUUAUCCCCGUCCAGCAUGGAUGACGGUGUGCUGCCAGAUCCUGGAUGUGUGGAUAGCAUCACUCCAGAGUUACACUGUGGGCAGUUUUUCAAUGAACAAAACUUAGAUAGUCCUGUGAUGGAGUCAGAAAAUGAGCCAAUAAAUUCAGAAGAUGGGCAGGAGCUAGACAUACACGCAGCCUCAAUAUGUCAACCAGAUGCUCCUGAAGAACCUGCUCAGAGUCGCCUUGCAGUCCAAGGUUGGAGGUCUAAACUUAUAUCUUCCUUCAGUGACUCCCAACUGAGAGAGUGCUGUAGGUGCCACAUCAGUGCCAUCAAAAAGGUGGAAGUGUUGAAGGAUGAGGCAACAAUGACUUCUCAGCCUGAACUUGUAGACACAGGCGUACAGACAAUCACCCCGGUCAGCUCAUGGUGGAACCUAAAGAGAAACACCUCCAACAUGGGCUCCCACUCUAUUCUGGGCUCACCACCUGGAUCUAGACUGAACCUGAAGUCUUCAAUGGGCUCCCACUCCAAUCUGGUGUCUCCGUCCUUCAGCAUGAUGCCAGUUAGCAGCGGUGAUGAAGAUGAGAAAAGAGACGUGCUCCCCCCUGCAAUUCCACAGAUGGAGAGGAGGAGGUCAUGUUUGAAGAUCCAGGGUGAAGACAGAGACGAGCAGGGCAGGAGGAGCAGCAUGAAGCAGGUGCAAUGGGAUGAAGAUGGGAUGACUUGGGACGUACAUGGAGCUUCUGUGGACCCAGAGGUCCUAAGUACUGCUAUUCGUAGACACCUAGAACUUCAGAACAGUCCUCGAACUCCGAGACGGAGCUCUAAGAAGAAAAAGGCACCAAAACCUCCUCAAAUAACAAACAAUUCCAAGGCCAUGGCAGAGGAUGCAGAUUACCCUGAUGGUGAGCCACAGAAGGGCUCAUAUCCCGGGGAAGAGAGGGAAGUGGCCGACAGAAGAAGAAGUAAAUGUGAGGAGCUCACAGAAGCAUCCAGGCCAGUCAGCAUGGAUGCCACAGAGGAAGAAGAGGUUUAUGGCAGAGAAGGGAAUUUAAAAUCCCUUUCCCCUCAUGGGAGUGUACAACUGCGGAAGAAAGGCGUGAUCAGAUCACUGAGACCUGGAUGGUGUGGAGGAUCCAAGAAGGCAGACGGCAGAUAACUUUUCCAUUCCUAUCGGUGACUCUGGACAUGCUUUGAAAUUUGAAAAUCCAUGUCCAAAGAGGCUUUCAUUAAAGUUGAAAUCUGAGAACUAACAGUGUUGCUACAGAUGGUUAUUUAUCUGCCUGCUUUUUUAAAGAGUCUUUGGUUCUAUUCCUUUGUUGAGAGGAUUCUAAUGGUGAGAAAAGAUUUACUUCCUUAAGAGGUGAAAUCAUCU